UGUUCUCUAUAUGCCUUGCAUUUUCGGGUUAACAACAAUUACAGCGGUUAUAUUAGCACGUUUUUCCCACCUGCCAGUGUUUGCAUACUCGUUAUAAAAAUGUAAAUGUGAAAAUGUUGGAAGAAGAGAGUGGCGUCACACGAAAAGAAAAUUUUCUUUGGCGUCGCCGAGGUGUUUGUGUAUGUGCGAGAGUGCUGGUGUGUGUGUGUGUGUGCUGGUGCUCUCUCGUGUGUUGGUGUGCACUUGGUGUGCAGUAAAAUAUAAAUAAUACACCUAUAAGUUAGCAACAAAUUCGCUCUUCCUCCUUUCCGCAGCAGCAGGAGCAGCAACAACAACAAACGCAACGCACAAAAGCAUGCUACGCUAAAUUGCAUUUGGCGUCUGUCAAGGACAAAACAAAACGCUGUUUGUGUGAGUGAAGCCGCAACAACAAUAACAAUAGCAACAACAGCAUGUGGCACAAAUAGCGGAACUGCAAAGUAUCAACAGCAAAGCAAGGAGGCAACAGAAAAAUAGAUAGGAGAACAAAACAAAGGGAAGGAACAAAUCACACACACACGAGGGUAAAAACUAAAGAGAGAAAAAAAAAACAAACGGAGGCUGCAAAAAUAAGAAAAAAAUAAGCAGAAAAAAGGGAGAGGCAAACACACACGCAUACCCCCGCCCCCUCCACAUCCGCCUUCCAGGACAUUUGGCGCCAGCUUGGGCAGCGACUGCGACGUCAGCCGAGGCAGCGGCAGAGAACCAUGGGUCUCCGUCCCUCUCACUCCCACAAGACCGCGCUGCAGUGGCUCCUGCCCUCCCUGUCGCUCCUCCUGACAGUGCUGCCAGCAAACGUCUCGGCUAGAUUUUGCGAAGGCUGCAGUCAGGGAUGUUGCACCCAGGGCUGCUGCCCACCGUACCAGGGCGGGCCACGCCCCCUGCCGCCCUCCUCGGACUCGCACGUUCUCAACCUGUUCUUCGCCACCCACUGGUUCUUCUGGUGCGUGGUAGUGGCCAUUAUCCUGGCCAUCCUGUGUGCCUACUCCCUGUGGAAGAAGCGAAGGACCCUGUGUGGCUGGGGAUUCAAUGAGCACCACACCCAAUCCGAGGGGGAUUCCGCCGGCUCCUGCUAUGCUCCUCCGCAGUACAGCCGCUGCAACUCCUUCCACCAUCCGCCGCCGCCCUACACGGAGGUCACCUCGAAGCCGGAUCUGUAUCCGCUCGUCUUCACCUGCAACAGCGACUCGGGCAAUGGCAAGGGCAACGGCAGCUCCAGCUACCUGAUGGUCCAGUACUUCCGGAACUACAUUGUCCGGCCGGCGGCGGGGGGAUCCCUGAGUGCGGCCAGCACCGUCGACUCCCUGAGCUCCAGCUUCAUCUGCAAUGCGAACGAGGCCAACACCCUGGUGCCGCCACCAUACUCGCGGGCAGCCAGUCCGGAGCUGGGGCUGCAUCACUAUGUGGCCCACGCGCAUGCCCAUGGUCAUGGCCAUGGACUGGGCAAUAGCCACCUGAGGUCCAUGGAGCCGGCGGCGCCGCACCAGGUGCCCAGUGCUCCGCUGGCCUCCGUGCACUAUGCCAUGCCCAGAUCGGCCUCCCAGCUGGUGGAGCCGGACGCCUAUCAGCCGCGACUGAUGCCCGCCCAGGCACAGCACUAUGCCACCGUGGCGCUGGGCAGUGCUCCCGGCGGAGGAGCCCUCUACAGCACCCGGCUGCACGCCUCCCACGAGGAGGGGGUGGGAGUGGGCGUGGGCGUAGGUGUGGGCUACCUCCAGUCGCAGAGUGACCAGCACUUCCGCUACCUGGCGAACAGCAGCAGCAGCCUGAGCGACAUCUUUGUGAACAACAGCUGUGUGGCAGGAAUGCUGCCGGAGAGUGGAGGCGCAGGCGGUGCCUCCCAGGGCGCGGAGAGCGGAGCGGCCACGCAGGCGGCCUCCCUGAACAGCCUGGCCAUGGGCGGCUUGGGGGGAUCGGUGACUGGUGGAACCGGGGCCUCCGGAGGAUCUGGCACACCAGUGAUAUACAGCAAUGGCUGCAUCCAGCCCAAUCCGCUGCACAGCCUGGAGAACUGCUGCCAGCCGUCGGCGCAGGUGUCGGGCGUGAGUAGUCUGGCCAACAUUGGGACACCGGGAUCGCCGCCCCUGGCCACCAGUCCGACGGGCGAGGUGCGCGAGAUUCUCGACCAGAUCCGGCAGCUCCAGGCGGGCGUUAGCUACGAGCAGCUCCUGCUCAGCGGAACGGGCGCCAAGCCGCGGCUGCAGCACACGCUAUCGACGCCCUCGAACAGCCAGCAGGUGCUGCAGCCCAUCCUGACCACAUCCGCAUCCGUUUCCGGCGGCAGCAGUGGGCGGAGUAAAAAGUUCUUCACCUCCGGCAGUAAAACGCAGCCGAACAAGGCUCUGUACAUACCAAUGGCGGCCAUCGGGGGAUCCGGUUCGGGCUCGGGCUCGGGAUCGGGAGCACAGCGCUGUGUGCUCAAGAGUCCGGUGAGCAGUGUGGUCAGCGGAGCCAGCUUCUUUGUGAACCGGGGACGAACGGCGCGCAAGGGCUGGAUCACCCGGUCGGCGCCCACGACUCCGGGCAGCGCCCUGCCCCCCAAUCGCCUGGGCGACGACAGCCCUCUGCUGCUCAACGAGCACGAUGAGGAUGCCAUCGACGACGACGACGAGGAGGAGGAGGAGGAGCCGCAGCGGGAUCAGCUGGACAGCGACAACGAAACGGAGGCCGAGGCCAGGAAUCAUCAUCGCCAGCAUCGCCAUCACCGCGGCCACCGCAGCCACCGCCACGGACAGCUUGAAUAAUAGUGGGCGUGGUCGUCGGAGUCGCCAGUGUCAUUUAGUAGUUCUUGUUGUAGCUCAAGGUUCUCCUUUAGGAAUAAGCUUUUAAACGAACGUGGAGAAGUGUUUGGGAGCCGGCAGCUCGCUUCUUAGUCUGAGGAACCCGGAAAAGAUAGCUUGGUUAAGGCCAAGUUCCGUUUGUAGCAUUAAAAGGUUCUCAUUUUCCGGAAUUCGAUAUAUUAUAGUUCAUUUUUUUGGAAUAAAACCAUUAUUUGUGAGUUUUUUAAACAUUCCACAAGCAAUUUAUGUUUGAUUAGGCGAAGUAUCCGAGAGAUCUUUAAAAAUUGUAUUUGCAUUUGUAUACCAACACUAUAUUUUCUGAGUAAUCUAAUUGGGGAUCAGAAUUUAAUUUAAAAAAUCAGCCUAAAUUCCAACUAAAUUCCUAAUUUUUCCUACAUUUUAAGCAGUUUUAUUUGCAUCGCGAAGGGCUGGGCAGUCAGUUAGAUGUAAGAGUACAUAGAAUAGGCUAACAAGUUUUGUGAAAUUUUAAACUGAAAGAAAGACGUUAACGAAAGAUGUUAAGCCUUGAUUAACGUUCUCCAAGAGUUCUGACAAUAGUUCAAUAAAACUAACCAUUAUUUCAUCAAUCAGUAUUAUCAACAAAGCCUACCAGAAGUAUAUGAUUAUUUACACACCAACAUUGAAAUAUACCUACUAUAAAACUGAUUUCUAUUUCGAAUUUGCAAAUGUCUGUUUGUUGAGCUUCCGUGGAUAGAUAAACAAUUUAGAUAAACCCAAAAAUAGCCGUCAUUAGGUUCAGAUAGUCUAGCGAUUGCGAAAAGUAUUUAAAUUAAACGUUCAAAAUGUGUAAAAGCUGGGAAGGUUUCAGGACAUUUCAAAACACUGCUUUUCGACUCUUAGUAACAACGAUUUUUGAAAAAUACCCUACAACUUCAAAUAUAAUAACAUGGCUUUCAUUUAAAGUUUGAAAGAGCUUGGGAACUUUUAAAAGCGAAAAAAUUGCACAAAAGAUUUAAAUCGAUUUAGGGUAUGUGGUAUUAAAUUAAAAUAAAGAGCGCAAGAAAACCAAAAAAGAGCAGAUAAAUUAAAAAGAAAAGAGAGAAAAGAGUCGCCUAGAUGGAGUUUUUGUAAGUAACUAGAAGAUAGGAAUUUGUUCACAGAUACAGAUACAGAUACAGAUACAGAUACAGAUACAGAUACAGAUACAGAUACAGAUACAGAUACAGAUACAGAUACAGAUA